AUGUUUCAAUUGAGUGCUACUUUAAAGGCACACGAUCAAGAUGUUAAGGGUGUUGUAGCUAUUAAUAAUGAUAAGUUAGCCUCUGUUUCUAGAGAUGGGACAGUACGUCUUUGGUCUAUUUCCGAUAAUAAAGACAAUUUAUGGACAAAUGAAAUAUUAUAUAAUACAGAUAUGUUCUUAAAUUCGAUCACUUAUGAUUCGGUGAAUGAAAUCAUUUAUUUUGCUGGGAAGGAUUCUUUAAUUAAUGGUUGUAAAAUUGAUAGUUCAUUAACUAAGGACCCUCAAUUUACCCUUGUUGGUCAUUCUUCAAAUGUUUGUUCAUUAAAUGAGAAUAUUGAGACUACUGAAUUAAUUAGUGGGUCAUGGGAUAAUUCAGCUAUUGUUUGGUCCAAUGGAUCAAAGAAAUAUUCUUUAAAAGGUCACGAAGCAGCUGUAUGGGACGCUAAAUUCUUACCAAAUAGUAAAGAUAAAUUUGUUACAGUCUCUGCAGAUAAAACUAUCAAGAUUUGGAAUAAAGAAACAACUAUACAGACUAUUGCCGGGAUUCAUGAAGACGUUAUUAGGCAAAUUGAUUUUAUUCCAAGUAGUCAAAAUGAUUUCCUCUUUGCUACAUGUUCCAAUGAUACUACAAUCAAGUUGUUUAACGAAAAUGGCAAAAUAAUUAAUUCUCUACAGGGACAUGAAAGUUUUGUUUAUGAUAUUAAAUAUAACAGGGCAACAUCUGAGUUGAUUAGUUGUGGUGAGGAUAGAUCAUUAAGAAUCUGGGAUACUACAACGGGUAAAGCUAAACAAGUUAUUAGACUACCAGCAAUUUCUAUUUGGUGCCUUGAUAUCCUCCCAAAUAAUGAUAUUGUUGUAGGUUGUAGUGAUAAUACCAUUAGAAUUUUUUCAACCGAGAAGAAUCGUUUUGCAUCCCCAAAUGCCUUAGAAGAGUUUCAAAAGGAAGUUGAAAAUACCUCAUUAAGUUCACAAUCAAUGGAAUUCGAUGAAUCAAAGUUAUCCCCAUCGGAUGUAUUAAAGACACCAGGUAAUAAAGAGGGCCAAGUUGUCGUCGUUAAGUCUCCAAGUGGUUCUCUUGAAGCAUACCAAUAUUCAAAUUCAAAUUGGUCCAAAGUUGGCGAAGUCGUAAGUUCUAAUAGUGCAGGAAGCGAUAAGAAGGUGAACUUUGAAGGUAAGGACUACGAUUAUGUAUUUGAUGUUGAUGUCGAAGAAGGACAACCACCAUUAAAACUUCCGAUUAACAUUAGAGAUAACCCUUACGAAGCUGCAGAUAAAUUUAUAAUACGUUAUGAUUUACCAUCAAACUAUAAAGAUCAAAUCGUAAAUUUUAUUCUUCAGAAUACAAACGGCAUUUCCUUUGAUCAGCCUAAUAGUAGUUCAAAACAAGAAGCAACUAAGAAUGUACCACCAAUGAUAAAUACAGAUAAUAUGAAAGUUCUACCGGUUAACGAAUUCUUAAGUUUAGAUUCAUUUAACCCCGACGCCUUGUUAAAUGGUAUUGUGAAAUUAAACGAAAAAGAGAAAACAUUUAAUGACGAAGACUGUGCUACUAUUGGUUCUGCACUUUAUGAUAUCGAAGGGAAUAUACAAGUGUUAUACAAUUAUGCUGUUACUAUUAAAUCAUCAUGGACUACAAAAACGCCAGCCUACGAUAUAAUAAGAUUAAUUGUUCACAAACUAGAAAAUGCUGACGAUAUAAGCGAAUUUAUUGAAGAAGGCUUGGACUCUAAAGAAAUUAAUAUUAAGAUGUUAACGACACGUAUUCUUGCUAAUUGUUUUUUAAACCAAAAAUGGGGGAUUGAAUUAAUGGGUUCUGUCAAAAUGUAUGACUCAGUGUUUGAAACGAUGGACAACGUAUUCGAAAACGAAACAAAACGUCAGGCGCAAAAUUUGGCAUUAGCUGUGUCUACUUUAGUAUUGAAUUAUUCAGUAUUAGUAGUAAAAGAUCCCGUUAACAAAAUUGAUAUGGUACCUAUAGUUUCUGAUGCCAUAAAUACGAAAUUUGGGAAAUUAGAGGAAUACCAAGAAAGUGAAGAAGCUGCUUAUAGGUUAGUAAUCGCUUAUGGAAAUCUUUCUCUUGUGGAACCUUCAUUAAAACAGUUUGCUAAAUCAAUAAAAUGGCUAAGUGAAGUAAACUCGAGGUACUCGCCCCAUAACGAACGAUUCUCAAAUAUUUUUAAAGACAUCUAUUAA